AUGAAUUGCCUGGCUCUUUCACUGGGCUUUGGCUUCUUGUUUCAGGUCAUUGAAACAUUGAUCUUUGCCUAUUUGGCUUCCAUCUCAUUGGUUGACUCACAGGGUCUUUUCCCAAGACUUGAGAAUGUUGGAGCUUUCAAGAAAGUUUCCACUGUGCCAACCCAAGCAACGUGCGGACUACCAGACCGAAGCACUUUUUGUCAUAGCUCUGCUGCUGCUGGAAGUAUUCAGUUUUGUACCCAGAGGUUUUGCAUUCAGGAUUGCCCAUACAGAUCUUCAGCCCCUACCUACACUGCCCUCUCCUCAGCAGGCCUCAGGAACUGCAUCACAGCAGACAAGCAUGAUCUGCAUCCCAACUCGCAUAGCAAUUCUACAAGCUUUAUUUUUGGAAGUCACAAGAAUUGCUUCUCUUCUCCUCCUUCAAGGCUGGCGGCAUCGUUUACUUUAACUGUGUGGUUGAAACCUGAGCAAGAAGGUGUAAUAUAAGUAGUAGUGUGUGUUAUAGAAAAGACAAUGGAUGGGCAGAUUGUGUUCAAACUUACAAUAUCUGAGAGAGAGAUCAUGUUUUAUUACCGCACAGUAAAUGGUUUGCAGACUCCAAUAAAAGUAAUGACGCUGGGGAGAAUUCUUGUGAAGAAAUGGAUUCAUCUUAGUGUGCAGGUGCAUCAGACAAAAAUCAGUUUCUUCAUCAAUGGUUUGGAGGAGGAUAACACAGCUUUUGAUACAAGAGCUCUAUCUGGUUCAAUUACAGAUUUUGCCUCCAGUACUAUGCGAAUAGGACAGAGUUUAAAUGGUUUAGAGCAGUUUGUUGGAAGAAUGCAAGACUUUCGAUUAUAUCAAGUGUCACUUACAAACAGAGAGAUUCUUGAAGUUUUUUCUGGAGACCUGCCCAGAUUACAUAUCCAGUCACACUGCCGCUGCCCUGGCAGCCACCCACGGGUCCAUCCUUUGGUACAGAAGUACUGCAUUCCUAACGAUGCAGAAGACACAACCAGUAAUAGAGUGUUAAGGCUGCAUCCUGAAGCCCAUCCUCUCUCUUUUGUCAAUGAUAAUGAUAUUGGUACUUCAUGGAUUUCACAUGUGUUUACAAAUGUUACCCAGCUCAAUCAAGGAGUGACUAUUUCAAUAAAUUUGGAAAAUGGACAGUAUCAGGUGUUUUAUAUUAUCAUUCAGUUCUUUAGUCCCCAACCAACAGCAAUAAGGAUUCAAAGGAAGAAGGAGGACAGCCUAGAUUGGGAGGACUGGCAAUAUUUUGCUAGAAAUUGCAGUACUUUUGGAAGGAAAAACAAUGGAGAUUUGGAAAAUCCUGAUUCUGUCAACUGUCUUCAGCUUUCCAAUUUUACUCCAUAUUCUCAUGGUAAUGUCACAUUUAGCAUUCUGACACCUGGACCAAAUCAUCGCCCUGGAUACAAUGACUUCUAUAAUACCCCAUCGCUUCAAGAGUUUGUAAAAGCCUCACAAAUAAGGUUUCAUUUCUUUGGUCAGUAUUAUACAACUGAGACUGCUGCCAACUUCAGACACAGAUACUAUGCUCUGGAUGAAAUCACCAUCCGUGGGAGAUGUCAAUGUCAUGGUCAUGCUGAUGGCUGUGAUACAACAAGACAGCCAUACAGAUGCCUCUGCUUGCAGGAAAGCUUUACCGAAGGACUUCAGUGUGAUCGCUGUUUGCCCCUUUAUAAUGACAAGCCUUUCCGCCAAGGUGAUCAAGUUCAUGCUUUCAAUUGUAAACCUUGUCAGUGUAUCAGUCAUUCCAGAAGCUGCCACUACAACGUCUCAAUGGACCCUUUUCCGUCUGAGCACCAUCGAGGGAGUGGAGGAGUUUGUGAUGAUUGUGAGCAUAACACUGCGGGAAGGAACUGUGAGCUGUGUAAGGAUUACUUUUUCCAACAAGUUGGUGCAGAUCCUUCAGCCAAAGAUGUUUGCAAAGCCUGUGACUGUGAUAAAGUUGGCACAAAAAACAGUAGUCUCCUUUGUGAUCAGAUUGGAGGCCAGUGUAAUUGUAAGAGACAUGUGUCUGGCAGACAGUGCAAUCAGUGCCAGAAUGGAUUCUACAAUCUACAGGAGUUGGAUCCCGAUGGCUGCAGUUCUUGCAACUGUAAUACCUCUGGGACGGUGGAUGGAGAUAUUGCCUGUCACCAAAAUUCAGGCCAGUGCAAGUGCAAAGCAAAUGUUAUUGGACUUAAGUGUGAUCAUUGCAAUUUUGGAUUUAAAUUUCUCAGAAGUUUUAAUGAUGAUGGAUGUGAGCCAUGCCACUGUAACCUCAACGGCUCCGUGAACAUGUUCUGCAGUCCUCUUUCUGGGCAGUGUGAGUGCAAAAAAGAAGCCACAGGACUUCAGUGUGACACCUGCAAAGAAAACUUUUAUGGGCUGGACGUCACUGGUUGUAAGGCCUGUGACUGUGUUGCAGCUGGAUCCCUCUCCGGGACUGCCUGUGAUGCUAAGACAGGGCAAUGCAUCUGUAAGCCCAAUGUUGGAGGAAGACAGUGCAAUGUGUGUUUGGACGGAUACUUCUACCAGCAGCAAAAUAAUUCUUUCCUCUGUCUGCCUUGUAAUUGUGAUAAGACCGGGACAGUAAAUGGCUCUCUGCUGUGUGACAAAUCGACAGGACAAUGUCCUUGCAAAUCAGGGGUAACAGGCCUUCACUGUAAUCAGUGUAAACCUCACAGGUACAAUUUGACCAUUGGCAAUUUUCAAGGCUGCCAGAUGUGUAAGUGUGACCCCUUGGGGACAUUACCUGGAACCAUUUGUGACCCAAUCAGUGGCCAGUGCCUGUGUUUGCCUAAUCAUCAAGGAAGGAGAUGUAAUCAGUGUCAACCAGGUUUUUAUAUUGCUCCAGGCAAUGCCACUGCCUGCCUGCCAUUUUCAUGCCAUGCAACUGGUGCAGUUAAUCGAAUCUGUGAUAGCUUGACUGGUCAAUGUAUUUGCCAAGAUGCGUUCAUUGCUGGACAAAGUUGUGACCAUUGUAAGGACCAUUACUUUGGAUUUAAUCCUCAGACUGGAAGAUGUCAGCCUUGCAAUUGUCACCCCUCAGGAUCCUUGAAUGAAACCUGUCACUCGGUCACAGGCCAGUGUUUCUGUAAACAAUUUGUCACUGGCUCAAAGUGUGAUGCUUGUGUUCCCAGCGCAAGCCAUUUGGAUGUCAACAAUCAAUUAGGUUGCAGCACAACUCCAUCCCAGCAACCUCCACCCAGAGGACAAGUUCAAAGUUCUUCGGCUAUCAAUCUCUCCUGGAGUCCACCUGAUUCUCCAAAUGCCCACUGGCUCACUUACAGUUUAUUCAGGGAUGGCUUUGAAAUCUAUACAACUGAAGAUCAGUACCCAUACAAUAUUAAGUACUUCUUAGACAAAGACCUGUCAUCAUAUACCUCAUAUUCCUACUCCAUCAAGACUACCAAUGUGCAUGGUUCAACAAGGAGUGCAGCUGUCACUUACAUGACAAAACCAGGGGUCCCAGAAGGAAGUUUGAACUUAAGUUACAUUGUUCCUAUUAGCUCAGACUCUGUGACACUUACCUGGACUAUACCCUCAAAUCAUUCUGGCCCUGUAGAAAAAUAUAUUUUGUCCUGUGCUCCUGUAGGUGGCAUCCAGCCAUGUGUUCCCUAUGAAGGUCGUAAAACCUCAGCUACCAUCUGGAAUCUGGUACCAUUCACCAAGUACCAUUUCUCAGUACAGGCAUGUACAAGCGGGGGCUGUUUACACAGCUCACCCCUUACCGUGACUACAGCCCAGGCGCCUCCCCAGAGGCAGAGUCCACCCAAGGUGCGGAAGGUCAGUUCCACCGAACUUCACGUAGAAUGGUCUCCACCAGCGGAACCAAACGGAAUAAUUAUAAGAUAUGAAUUACACAUGAGAAGAUUGAGCUGUUCUGGAGAAACUAUGUUUGCUGAAAGUCGAGUUUUUCAGAACAGUGGCUGGCUCAGUCUUCACCCAUUUACAGAAUCAGCCAAUGAAAAUGCUUUGAAACCACCUCAAACGACAACAAUAAUCACUGGCUUGGAGCCAUUUACCAAAUACAAGUUUAGAGUCUUAGCUGUGAAUAUGGCUGGUAGUAUGUCUUCUGCCUGGACUUCAAGAAGAACGGGAGAAUCAGUGCCUGUGUUCAUGACCCCUCCUUCAGUCUGCCCUCUCUCACCACACUCUCUCAACAUAUCCUGGGAGAAGCCAGCGGAUAAUGUUACAAGGGGAGAAGUUGUAAGGUAUACCAUCAAUAUGAUUUCUGAACAAUCACCUCAACAAUCUACUCCAGUGGGGUUUUCACAGGUAUUGUACACUGCUAAAUCCCAAGAACUGUCUUAUGUCAUAAACGGACUGAAGCCGUACAGGAUGUACAACUUUUCUAUUUCUCUCUGCAAUUCAAUUGGUUGUGUAACCAGUGCCCCAGAACUAGGACAGACUCUAGCUUCAGUACCAGCUCAACUGAGAUCUCCUCAUGUCAGAAUUAACAGCACAACCGUCCAUCUUAGUUGGUUUCCACCUGAGGAACUGAAUGGACCCUCUCCUAUAUAUCAACUGGAAAGGAGAGAGUCAUCUCUACCAGCUCCCAGGGCCACAGUGAUGAAGGGAAUCCGUGUUAUAGGAAAUGUGUAUUGUAAAUUUCCCAGCUCCACUCUCCCAGUCAAUACAGACUUUACCGGCAUUAAGGCCAGCUUUCGAACAAGGCUGCCUGAAGGUUUGAUUGUCUUUGCAGUAUCACCUGGCAAUCAAGAGGAGUAUUUUGCACUUCAGUUGAAGAAUGGACGUCCUUACUUUCUUUUUGAUCCUCAGGGGUCUUCAGUAGAAGUUACCACAACAAAUGAUCAUGGUAAACAAUAUAGUGAUGGCAAAUGGCAUGAAAUAAUUGCUAUUAGACUUCAAGCUUUUGGCCAAAUCACUCUAGAUGGGCAGUAUACAGGUUCCUCAGAUGUCCUGAAUGGUAGUACUAUUAUUGGAAAUAACACAGGAGUCUUUGUGGGAGGUCUGCCAGCAGGUUUCUCCAUCCUUAGGAAGGAUCCUGAAAUAGUCCAAAAGGGUUUUGUGGGCUGUCUCAAGGAUGUGUUUUUUAUGAAGAAUUACAAUCCCUUUGCUGUCUGGGAACCUCUGGAGUGGCAGAAUUCUGAAGAGCAAGUCAAUGUGUACAACAGCUGGGAGGGAUGCCCCACUUCAUUGAAAGAAGGGGCCCAGUUCCUAGGAACAGGGUUUCUGGAACUUCCUCCAUAUACAUUUAAUGGUGGAAUGGACUUUGAGAUUUCCUUUAAGUUCAGAACCGACCAAUUGAAUGGAUUACUUCUUUUUGUUUACAACAAAGAUGGACCUGAUUUUCUUGCUAUGGAGCUUAAGAGUGGAAUAUUGAGCUUCCUGUUAAAUACCAGCCUUACCUUUACACAAGUGGAUCUAUGGCUGGGGCUGUCCUACUGUGAUGGAAAGUGGAACAAAGUAGUUAUUAAAAAGGAAGGCUCAGUCAUAUCAGCAAGCAUGAAUGAGCUGAUAGAGCGUGCGUCAGAAUCCAGCACCCAGUCUCUGAGAGUGAACUCCCCAGUCUAUGUUGGAGGAGUCCCACAGCAGCUGCAGACCUCUUACAAACACCUGAGUUUGGAACAAGGUUUCGGUGGUUGCAUGAAGGAUGUUAAAUUUACACGGGGUGCUGUCGUUAACUUGGCAUCUGUGUCCAGCAGUGCUGUCAGAGUCAAUCUGGAUGGAUGCCUAUCACCUGACAGCACUGUUAACUGCAGGGGAAAUGACUCCAUCCUGGUUUACCAGGGAAAAGAACAGAGUGUUCAUGAGAGUGGUCUCCAGCCUUUUACAGAAUACCUGUAUCGAGUGAUAGCCUCACAUGAAGGCGGUUCAGUAUAUAGUGAUUGGAGUCGGGGACGUACAACAGGAGCAGCUCCACAAAGUGUGCCCACUCCCUCAAGAGUCCGCAGCAUAAAUGGAUAUAGUGUUGAGGUGACCUGGGAUAAACCUGUUGUGGUUAGAGGUGUAAUUGAGAAGUAUGUUCUGAAAGCAUACAGCAUUGGCGAUCCUCAUCCAGCCCGCGUGCCCUCUGCCAGUGCCGAGUUUCUCGAUACCAGCGCCCUUACAGGCAUAUUGACAGGGUUGCUACCCUUCAAAAACUAUGCAGUAACCCUAACUGCUUGCACUUUGGCUGGCUGUACUGAGAGCUCACAUGCAUUCAACAUCUCUACUCCACAAGAAGCCCCACAAGAGGUCCAGCCACCAGUAGCCAAAUCCCUUCCCAGUUCUUUGUUACUCUUCUGGGAUCCACCCAAAAAAGCAAACGGUGUAAUAACCCAGUACUCUUUAUACAUGGAUGGGAUGCUAAUCUAUUCAGGCAACGAAGAGAAGUACACAGUCACAGAUUUACCAGUAUUUACACCCCACCAAUUUCUGCUCAGUGUGUGCACACAUGUGGGAUGUUCAAACAGUUCCUGGGUCUUACUGUACACAGCACAGCUGCCACCAGAACACGUGGAUUCCCCAAUUCUGACUGUCUUGGAUUCUAGAACUAUACACAUUCAGUGGAAACAACCGAGGAAAGUAAAUGGAGUUCUGGAGCGCUAUAUAUUAUAUAUUACAAAUUGCUCACGUGAUUUUACAAUUUGGGAUGUCAUCUAUAACAGCACAGAACUUUUUCAGGAUCACAUACUAGAAAAUCUUUUUCCUGGUAAUAAAUAUCACAUCAAAUUGGCAGUUUGCACUGGUGGUGGGUGCACUGUGAGUGAAGCCAGCGAGGCCCUCACUGACAAGAGCCUUCCGGAAGGAGUGCCAGCCCCCAAAGCACACUCACAUUCACCUGACUCCUUUAACAUCUCCUGGACUCAGCCCGAAUAUCCGAAUGGUAUUAUAAAAAGCUAUGGAUUAUAUAUAGAUGGUAUAUUAUUUCACAAUUCUUCAGAACUCAGCUGUCAUGCUUAUGGAUUUGCUCCUUGGAGCUUACAUUCCUUCAGAGUCCAAGCAUGCACUGCCAAAGGUUGUGCUAUGGGCCCACUGGUGGAAAAUCGAACUCUGGAAGCCCCUCCUGAAGGAACAGUAGCCGUAUUUGUCAAAACAGAGGGAUCCGGAGAAGCCCUUGUGAAGUGGGAAGCACCUUUUCUCCCCAAUGGACACUUAACAUACUCAGUCCUCUUUACUGGGGCUUUCUAUGCAGAUCAAGCAGGUGAUAACUACACCCUUCUGCAUGGCACACAAAUCAUGCAUAGCAGUGAAGAGAACAACCUUUGGGUGCUCAUCAACAGAUUGGUUCCUUUCACUAGCUAUACUGUGCAAGUGAAUGUUUCAAAUAGCCAAGGCAGCUUGAUGAGUGAUCCUAUAACCAUUUCAAUGCCUCCAGGGGCUCCAGAUGGUGUGCUGCCUCCAAGGCUUUCAUCUGCCACUCCAACCAGUCUUCAGGUUGUCUGGUCUACACCAGCUCGUAACAAUGCUCCCGGCUCUCCCAGUUACCAGCUCCAGAUGAGGCCUAGUCACUCCACCCAAGGAUUUCUAGAGUUAUUUUCCAAUCCUUCUACAUCUUUAAGCUAUGAAGUGAGAGAUCUCCAACCAUACACAGAGUAUGAGUUUCGGCUUGUAGCCUCCAAUGGAUUUGGCAGUGCACAUAGUUCUUGGAUUCCAUUCAUGACCACAGAGGACAAACCUGGACCUAUAGACCCUCCGAUACUUCUGGAUGUGAAGUCGAGAAGGAUAUUGGUCACCUGGCAGCACCCUUUAAAGCGCAAUGGGGUUAUUACCCAUUAUAACAUUUACCAACAUGGCCAUCUCUGCUUGAAAACCUCCGGGAACGUCUCUAAUUGCACUGUGACUGACUUACACCCAUAUACUGCCUACCAGUUUCAAGUAGAAGCCUGUUCUUCUGAAGGAUGUUCCCUCUCACCAGAGUCCCAGACCAUGUGGACACUCCCAGAUGCACCAGCAGGUAUCCCAAGGCCAGAGUUGUUCUCUGAUACACCAACAUCUGUGAUUAUAUCUUGGCAACUCCCCACCCACCCCAAUGGUUUGGUGGAGAACUUCACAGUUGAGAGAAGAAUCAAAGAGAAGGAAGAAGUUACCUCCCUGGUGACUCUCCCAAGAAGCCACUCCAUGAGGUUUAUCGACAAGACUCCUGCUCUUAGCCCAUGGACAAAAUAUGAAUACCGUGUACUGAUGAGCACUCUUAAUGGAGGUACAAACAGCAGUGCUUGGGUGGGAGUUACCACGAGACCCUCACGGCCUGCUGGGGUGCAGCCACCUCGAGUGCAUGUGCUGGGACCGGAUGCGGUGGAGGUCACUUGGAAACCCCCAAUCAUCAAGAAUGGAGACAUCCUUAGCUAUGAGAUCCGCAUGGCUGGCCCUCAUCUGACUAUAACCAAUGUUACUUCCUCAUUGUUAAGUCAAACAAUCACUCAUCUGAUUCCUUUCACUAACUACUCUGUCACCAUUGUGGCUUGUUCAGGGGGUAAUGGACACUUAGGAGGGUGCACAGAGAGCUUACCUACGUAUGUAACCACCCUCUCCACCCUACCUCGGGAUGUCAGCCCAUUGUCAGUGGUUCCACUCAGUGAAUCGUAUGUCGGGAUUUCUUGGCAGCCACCAUCCAAGCCAAACGGACCAAAUUUGAGAUAUGAGCUUCUGAGAUGUAAAAUCCAGCAACCACUUGCAUCAAAUCCCCCAGAAGAUUUAAAUCUGUGGCACAAUAUUUAUUCAGGAACUCAGUGGUUUUAUGAAGAUAAGGGUCUUAGCAGGUUUACAACGUAUGAGUAUAAGCUCUUUGUACACAACAGCGUGGGUUUUACACCAAGCCAAGAAGCAAUUGUGACAACGUUAGCUGGUCUUCUAGAGAGAGGGGCCAAUUUCACAGUGAGUGUUCUUAACCACACAGCCAUAGACGUGGGAUGGACUAAACCAACUUUUCAAGACCUACAAGGUGAUGUUGAAUAUUAUACACUUUUUUGGAGUUCUGCUACUUCAAAUGAAUCUCUAAAAUUUCUCCCAGACACAAACUCUCAUGUCAUUGACCACUUAACUCCAAACACGGAAUAUCGGGUUUUUGUCUCUGUCUUCAAUGGAGUCUACAGCAUCAACAGUGAAGUACUUUAUGCAACCACUUGUGAUGGGGAGCCUCAGGGCAUGCUUCCUCCAGAGGUUGUCAUCAUCAACAGUACAGCUGUAUGUGUCAUCUGGACAUCUCCUUCAAACCCAAAUGGUGUUGUCACCGAGUAUUCUGUCUAUGUAAAUAAUAAGCCCUACAAGACUGGAAUGAAUGUGCCUGGGUCGUUCAUUCUGAGAGACCUGUCUUCCUUCACUAUCUAUGACAUUCAGGUUGAAGUCUGCACAAAAUAUGCCUGUGUGAAAAGCAACAGAACCCAGUUCACCACUGCGGAAGAUGCUCCAAGUGAUAUACCAACACCCACAAUUCAUGCCAUCACUUCAAGAUCCCUUCAAAUUGACUGGGUGUCUCCAGAGAAACCAAAUGGCAUCAUACUUGGAUACGAUCUCUUACGGAAAACAUGGCAUGCAUGCCCUAAAACCCAGAAGUUAAUGAAGGACCACAGAGGUGAGCUCUGCAAGGCAGUGAAAUGUCAGAAACCUGAAAAUAUCUGUGGACACAUGUGCUAUUCUCCUGAAGCUAAGGUUUGUUGUCAUGGUGUCCUCCAUGAUGCCAGGCCUGGACACCUCUGCUGUGAAGAGAAGUAUAUCCCAUUUGUUCUGAAUUCAACGGGAGUUUGUUGUGGUGGCCGAAUUCAAGAGGCACAAGCAAAUCAUCGGUGCUGCUCUGGGUAUUAUGCUAGAAUUCUACCAGGUGAAGUAUGCUGUCCAGAUGAACGGCACAAUCGGGUUUCUGUUGGCAUCGGCAACUCCUGCUGCGGCAGAAUGCCGUACUCCACCUCAGGAAACCAAAUCUGCUGUGCUGGGAGGCUUCAUGAUGGCCAUGGCCAGCAGUGCUGUGGUGGACAGAUUGUGAGCAAAGAUUUAGAGUGCUGUGGUGGAGAAGAAGAGGGCAUGGUGUACAUUCACCUUCCAGGGAUGUUCUGUUGUGGGCAGGAUUAUGUGAAUAUGUCAGACACCAUAUGCUGCUCAGCUUCCAGUGGAGAGUCUAAAGCACAUGUUAAAAAGAAUGACCCAGUGCCAGUAAAAUGCUGUGAGACUGAACUUAUUCCAAAGAGCCAGAAAUGCUGUAAUGGAGUUGGAUAUAAUCCUUUGAAAUAUGUUUGCUCUGACAAGAUUUCAGCUGAAAUGAUGAUGAAGGAAAUCAGUGAAGACUGCAGGAUUCUCUGCCCAGCAUCUAUGAAAGCUACAGCAUAUUGCGGCAGCUGUGACUUCAACUUUACCAGCCACGUUUGUACUGUGGUAAGACAGUCUCACAGUUCCACAGAAAAGGCAUCAACUGAAGAAAUAUGCUCAUCUGCAGAAGAGACCAUUCAUUCUGGGAGUGUAAACAUGUACUCUUUCACAGACAUGAACCUGGAGCCCUACAUGACUUACGAGUAUAGGAUUUCUGCAUGGACUAGCUAUGGGCGGGGAUUCAGCAAAGCUGUUAGAGCUAGCACAAAGGAAGAUGUGCCCCAAGGAGUGAGUCCCCCAAGGUGGACCAAAGUGGAUGAUGUGGAAGAUGUAAUAGUCUUAAACUGGAAGAAACCUAUGCAAACAAAUGGCCCUAUUAUUUACUACAUUCUUCUCCGAAAUGGAAUUGAAUGCUUCCGGGGAACAUCAUUGAGCUUCUGGGAUACAAAGGGAAUUCAGCCAUUUCAGGAAUAUUCAUAUCAGCUGAAAGCUUGCACAGUUGCUGGGUGUGCUGCCAGCAGCAAGGUAGUUGCAGCCACUGCCCAAGGAAUUCCGGAAAGCAUCCUCCUGCCAAGAGUCACAGCCCCAAGUGCAGAGGCUCUGCAUUUGAGCUGGAGUGUCCCUGAGAAACCAAAUGGCAUCAUUAAAGAGUACCAGCUCAGGCAGCUUGGGAAGGGUCUCAUUUACACUGAUACCACUGACAGGAGGCAGCAUACGGUCACAGGUCUCCAGCCAUACACCAACUACAGCUUCAUACUUACAGCUUGUACAUCUGCUGGAUGUACUUCAAGUGAGCCUUUUCUAGGUCAGACACUGCAGGCAGCCCCACAAGGAGUUUGGGUGACACCUCAACACAUUAUCAUCAAUUCUACAACGGUGGAAUUAUAUUGGAGUCAGCCAGAAAAGCCCAAUGGCCUCAUUUCUCAGUAUCAAUUGAGUCGUAAUGGAACCUCAGUUUUCCAGGGUGGCAGAGAGGAGCAGCAUUUCACUGAUAAAAACCUGGAGCCCAACAGCAGGUACAUUUACAAGUUAGAAGCAAAAACUGGAGGCGGCAGCAGUACUAGUAACGAUUACACUGUACAAACACCUGUAUCGACACCAGAAGAAGUCCAUCCUCCACAUAAUAUCACAGUCAACGGGCCUCAUUCCAUAUUUGCAGCUUGGGCCCCACCAGGCAUCCUCAACCCCAAAAUGCCAGUGGAGUACAAUGUCUUACUCAAUACUGGAAGUGUAGCCCCUCUGACUUUCCCCAUUGGUCAUCAUCAUUCCAUCCUGUUGAAAAAUUUGACUCCAUUCACACAGUAUGAAAUAAGGAUACAAGCUUGUCAAAAUGGAGGUUGUGGAGUUAGCAGGAGGAUGUUUGUUAAAACGUCUGAAGAUGUCCCAAAGGAUCUUAAUUCCCCUGUUCUUAAGGCACUGGGGUCAGCUUGCAUAGAGGUUAAAUGGACGCCACCUAAAAAUCCAAAUGGAGUCAUCAUCAACUACUUUGUCCACAGACGUCCUGCUGGUACUGAAGAGGAGUCUCUUUUGUUUGUCUGGUCAGAAGGAUCCCUUAAAUUUAUGGAUGCUUCAGAUACUCUGAGGCCUUUUACGCUCUACGAAUACCGGGUCAGAGCCCUUAACUCCAGGGGCUCCGUGGAGAGUCUCUGGUCAUCAGCACGCACCCUGGAAGCCCCACCUCAGGAUUUGCCGGCUCCUUGGGCUCAGGCCACCAGUUCUCAUUCAGUUCUGCUGAAUUGGACAAAGCCAGAAUCUCCCAAUGGCAUUAUUUCCCAGUACCAUGUGAUCUACCAAGAAAGACCAGAGGAUCCGACCCUUAAGGUCUCCACCGUGCGUGCUUUCACAGUGAUGGGGACAAGCUAUCAAGCCCACCUAUUUGGGUUGGAGGCAUUCACGACAUAUCACAUUGGCAUCGUGGCCACAAACCAGGCAGGAGAAGUUUCAAGCCCUUGGACUCAAGUUCAAACCUUAGAAUCUUCCCCAAGUGGAUUGAGCAACUUUACAGUACAACAGAAAAAUAAUGGCCGAGCAUUGUUACUGCAGUGGUCAGAGCCUGUGAGAACCAAUGGCGUGAUUAAGACAUACAGCAUCUUCAGUGAGGGUCUCCUGGAGUACACUGGCUUGCAUCGUCAAUUUCUCUUCAGACACCUGCACCCUUUCACUCUCUACACGCUGACCCUGGAGGCCUGCACCAAGGCAGGCUGUGCACACUCAGCACCUCAGCUCCUGUGGACGGAUGAAGCCCCUCCUGACUCUCAGUUAGCUCCUACAAUCCAGUCUGUGGGGUCCACCAGCGUUGAGCUGAGCUGGUCUGAGCCUGUUAACCCAAAUGGAAAGAUAAUUCGCUAUGAAGUGAUUCGCAGAUGCUUUGAGGGGAAAGCUUCAGGGAACCAGACAAUCCAGGCCAGUGAGAAAAUUGUUUUCACAGAAUAUGAUACUGAAAGGAAUACAUUUAUGUAUAAUGACACAGGUUUGCAGCCAUGGAUGCAGUGUGAAUAUAAAAUCCACACUUGGAAUUCAGCAGGCCAUACCUGUAGCUCUUGGAAUGUGGUACGGACGAAGCAAGCACCUCCAGAAGGGCUCUCUCCACCUGAGAUAUCCCAUGUAUCCAUGAAUCCCCUAAGACUGCUGAUUUCCUGGCUCCCUCCAGAACAGUCUAAUGGUAUUAUCCAGUCCUAUAGGCUUCAAAAGAAUGGAAUGCUCUAUCCUUUCAGUUUUGAUGCUGUGACUUUUAAUUAUACCGAUAAAGAGCUGCUUCCUUUUUCCACAUACAGUUAUGCAGUCAUAGCCUGCACAAGUGAAGGCUGCUCCACCAGCAAACCCUCUGGCAUCAGAACUCCUGAGGCUGCUCCAGCAGGGGUUGGCCCUCCAGCUCUUUGGGCCAUCAGUGCCACGCAAAUAAAUGUAUCUUGGUCACCACCAUCAAUUCAAAAUGGAAAGAUCACUAAAUAUUUACUUAGAUUUGAUGGGAAGGAGUAUAACGCUGGGCAGGGUCUAUCCAUGCUGAUUUCUCACUUGCAACCUUAUACUCAGUAUAAUUUCUCCCUAGUAGCCUGCACCAGUGGCGGUUGCACAGCUAGUGCACCUGCAUCUGCCUGGACUUUGGAGACCCCUCCACAGAACAUGGACCCUCCAAGAUUACAAGUCACAGGCUCAGAAUCAAUAGAAAUCACCUGGAAACCUCCAAGAAACCCAAAUGGCCAAAUCAGAAGUUAUGAACUUAGAAGGGAUGGAAUCAUUGUAUACACUGGACUGGAAACUCACUAUCAUGAUUUUACCCUCACCCCAGGGGUGGAGUAUGGCUACACCGUGACUGCCAGCAACAGCCAAGGUGGUAUUUCGAGUCCACCAGUCAAAGAUCAAACCAGCCCCUCAGCGCCCUCAGGGAUGGAACCUCCAAAACUGCAGGCCAAGGGCCCUCAGGAGAUUUUAGUGACUUGGGACCCUCCAGUAGAAACAAAUGGCGAUUUUGUCAGCUAUAGCCUCUUCAUCCGUGAGCUGCUGGAAAGAGAAGUGAAAAUCAUACAUGUAAACACAACUCAUAAUUCUUCUGGUACAUGGUCGUUUAUAGUAAACCAGCUAAAGCCAUUUCACAGGUAUGAAGUACAAGUUCAAGCCUGCAGUUUGCUGGGAUGUGUGUCAAGUGACUGGACGUGGGCACAAACCCCUGAAGUUGCACCUCAGAUGCAACCUCCUCCCCAUCUGGAGGUACAGACAGCUCCAGGUGGAUUCCAGCCCACUAUUUCCCUUUUUUGGAGAGGACCACUUUGGCCAAAUGGAAAAGUUUUAUAUUAUGAAUUGUACAGAAGGCAAAUAGCAACUCAGCCUGGAAAAUCAAAUUCAGUGCUAACCUAUAAUGGAAGUUCAAGCUCCUUUAUGGAUUCUGAACUACUGCCUUUCACAGAGUAUGAGUAUCAGGUCUGGGCAGUGAAUUCAGCAGGAAAAGCAACCAGUAGCUGGACGAGGUGUAGAACCGGGCCUGCCCCCCCAGAGGGUCUCAGGGCCCCCAAGUUCCAUGCGGUCUUCUCUACCCAAGCAGUGGUCAACAUCAGCGCCCCUGUGAAACCCAACGGGAUCGUCAGUCUCUACAGGUUGUUCUCCAGCAACGCCAGUGGGGCGGAAAUGUUGCCGUCGGAAGGCACGGCCACCCAGCAGACCCUUCACGGCCUGCAGCCCUUCACGGCGUACUCCAUCGGGGUAGAGGCCUGCACCUGCUUCAACUGUUGCAGCAGAGGGCCAGUGGCUGAACUGAGGACUCAUCCUGCUCCACCCACAGGACUGCCCCCUCCCCAAAUCCAGACCCUGGCCUCAAAGACAGCCUCCUUCCAGUGGAGCCCCCCUCUGUUCCCCAACGGUGUCAUUGAAAGCUAUGAGCUCCAACUUUACAGGGCUUGCACUCGCAAUUCAGCCCUACCCUGUACUCCCAGCCAAACAGAGACAAAGUACAGGGGUCCUGGGCGGAGAGCCAGCUUUGGAGGUCUCCAGCCUUACACCACCUACAAGCUGAGAGUGGUGGCACACAACAAAGCAGGCAGCACAGCUUCCAAAUGGAUUGGCUUCACCACCCAAAAAGAAUUACCUCAGUUCCAAGCCCCUUUUUCUGUGGACAGCAACUUGUCUGUGGUGUGUGUCAGCUGGAGCGGCACUUUCCUCCUGCACGGCCCGCUGCAGGAGUACGUGUUAACGGACAGAGGACAGCGUGUGUACAGUGGUUUCGACACCACCCUCUGCAUCCCAAGGACGUCGGACAGAACCUUCUUUUUCCAGGUCAUCUGCACAACAGAUGAAGGAAGUGUUAAGACCCCUCCGAUCCAAUACGAUACCUCUACUGGACUUGGCCUAGUGCUAACAACUCCUGGAGAAAAGAGGGGAUCUGGGAGCAAUAGCAUGGCGUUCUACAGCGAGCUGUGGUUUGUGGCAUUGAUGGCAAUGCUGGGCUUGAUCUUCUUGGCCAUUUUUCUCUUCCUGAUACUACAAAGAAAAAUCCACAAAGAACCAUAUAUCAGAGAGAGACCUCCCCUGGUACCUCUUCAGAAUAGGAUGUCUCCAUUGAGUGUCUAUCCCCCGGGGGAAACCCAUAUGGGAUUAGCUGACACCAAAAUUCCCCCGUCUGGAACACCUGUGAGCGUUCGGAGCAACCGGAGUAUGUCUGUACUGCGAAUCCCAAGUCAAAGCCAAAUCAGCCAAACUUAUUCCCAAGGAUCUCUCCACUGCAGCAUCAGUCAGCUCAUGGAUAUUCAAGACAAGAAAGUCUUAACUGAUGACUCACUGUGGGAAACCAUAAUGGGCCAUGCUAGUGGAUUGUAUGUGGAUGAAGAAGACCUGAUAAAUGCCAUCAAGGGUUUCAGUUCAGUGACCAAGGAACACACCACAUUCACCGACACCAACCUGUAGAGGAUGGAAAACUGCAAGACAAAGCUGGAAUGUAGGCCCUGCACCCCAGUCCCACUUGGUUAUUACUGAUAUUUCAUAAAUGCUGAAAAGCCAUUGUUUGUUAUUCUGUAAUCCUUUAAA